AUGGUGGCAGUGUUGGAUGAUCGUGAUGAGCAGAAACACCAGCAUGGAGCAUGUCUGAAAGGCACCUACCAGGGAUUAACAGCAACUAUCCUGAAGCAGGGAUCGAACCAAGCCAUCCGGUUCUUUGUCAUGACCUCGCUGAAGAACUGGUACAAAGGGGAUAACCCAGCCAAGGAGAUGAACCCAGUCGUCACUGGAUUAUUUGGGGCCAUCGCCGGAGCUGCCAGUGUAUUUGGCAACACUCCCCUGGAUGUGGUGAAAACCAGAAUGCAGGGUCUGGAAGCUCAUAAAUACAGGAACACCUGGGACUGUGCUUUCAAAAUAAUGAAGUAUGAAGGUCCUUUGGCGUAAGUACAGUACCAUAAUUUUUUUGUUGUUGGCUUUUGUCUUUGAAAAAAUGCUGGUAAUUGUGGCUCAAUGGGCAAGCACACCUCAACCUUUUGAAUUUAAAAGGUUGAGAGUUCAAAUCUCAAUCCAGGUCCUGAACGUGGGAAAAAAAACGACGUUCGAGGCUGCCCCUCAGGUGCAGUACCAAGGGAGUACGUACAACAUAGAACAGUAGAGGUCCUUCGGCUCAUAAUGUUGUGCCGACCUACUACCCUACUAAGAUCAAGCUACCCUGCAUAUCCUACAUUUUACUAUCCUCCAUGUGCCUAUCCAAGAGUUGCUUAAAAAUCUCUAAAGUAUCUGAAUCCACUACCACGGCUGGUAGCGCAUUCUACGUACCCACCACUGCGCUGUUGGAGACCUUCCCUUUCAGAUAAAGCGUUAUGCCACGGCCUGUUUUUAAAAAAAGAGCCACUCCCGCAAGCCUCAAGGAGAUUUCCCCCGGGGUCCAUGUUCAUCCCUCAGCCAAUGGGUGCUGUGAGAAAUUAAGUGGAUCACUUGGUGUGAUCUCAUGGCAGUUAGUUGGAUCUUCUUGUGAACG